CCAAGUUCCGGGGGCAUUUUCGGCUACAAAGUCAAAAUCACAUUUUCCUUUGGUUCCUACUUCCCUGUUUUGUAUUUUCUCAUUUACCACACACUCAGGACCCUUUCUCUAUUCUCUUCUGCAUCACCAUUCACCGCUGAGAGAACAUCACAACACAACAAACAAAGGAGCCUCUCGGUUUCCAAUGUGAAGAGAGCGAACAUGGCUCUAAUCGCUGCCAGGAUUCUCGGUUCCAAUUCGAGGCCCGCGGUCGCGCUCCACCGCUGGCAGUGGCCGGCGUACUCCUCCGCCUCCGCGGCGGUGGCGGAGCCGGAGACCACGGAGGUGAAGGACUACGCCGAUUACCGGCGCUCCCUGUACGGACAGAUCACGCACAAGGCGCUCCUCGUCGACGCCGUUGGCACGCUCGUCCUCCCUUCGCAGCCCAUGGCUCAGAUAUAUAGAAAGAUUGGGGAGAAGUAUGGAGUGGAGUAUUCGGAGGAUGAGAUACUGUUCAGAUACAGAAGAGCGUAUGGUCAGCCUUGGGGAAAAUCUCGUCUCAGAUAUGUUAAUGAUGGUAGGCCUUUUUGGCAAUACAUAGUUAGUUAUUCCACUGGCUGUUCAGAUCCUCAAUAUUUUGAAGAACUUUAUAACUAUUAUACAACGGACAAGGCAUGGCACCUCAAUGAUACUGGUGCAGAAGAAGUAUUCAGAGCUCUUAGAGAAUCAGGUGUGAAAUUAGCUGUUGUGUCAAACUUUGACACUAGAUUAAGACCUCUCUUGCGGGCAUUAAAUUGUGACAAUUGGUUUGAUGCAGUAGCAGUGUCAGCUGAGGUUGCAGCAGAGAAACCAAAUCCAACUAUAUUUCUCAAAGCAUGUGAAUUAUUGGAUGUAAAACCCGAGGAUGCUGUUCAUGUUGGGGAUGACCGCAGAAAUGAUAUAUGGGGUGCCAGGGAUGCUGGCUGUGAUGCUUGGCUUUGGGGAAGCGAUGUUCACUCCUUUAAGGAGGUAGCACAGAGGAUUGGGGUUCAGGUCUGAAAGAUGAUCUCUUUACAAUAAGUUUGAUGUUAUGUAUAGAGUCCUUUAGGCUUUAGCUGUAAGGCUGUACAUGUUCUGCUCCCUUUUACAAUGUAUGUAUAUAUGUAUGAAAAAGAUGUGAACCUAUAAAAACCAUUAAUAGGUGUAGGUAGGAGCUUUUGUUUUUCCAUUGA